AUGACGGAGAAACUAUCGGUUCCAUUAAAACGCAAGAGUAAAAGCUCAUUUCGGGCAAAGCGUUCACUGACUUUUAACAGUCCAUCUACUAUUGUGAGCUACCUUCGUCCAAGUCUCUCGCCUGCUCAUUCAAAAACAUCUACUGACCGUGCCUUGACUUUCCUGCAGAGUGCACGUGAUCGCAAUGUACCUGUUCGCUUUGGCAAGUGGAGUCGUCAAGAAGAUGCUUAUCUUGAAAAGCUCAUUACGCUCUUUCAAAGCGGUUUGCUGGCUGAGAUUGAAACCAAGACAUCACUCCGUUCAUGGCUUGCCCAGAUGCUCAAUUGUUGUCCCAUGCGAAUCUCCAAGAAACAAAUGCAUGGUCAUCAGUUUGAAGGGAAAGCAAAGUACAAGCGGAGCUCUAGUAACGUCGAUGCCAUGACACAAGGACAAUAUGAUGACCUCUGUAACGAGCUAUGGCACUUGCGUGCCGAGUUCCUCAAGGCCUGGGCCAAGGACGAAUACGGUAAACGUAGUGCCAAGAUCCGGACGAAAGACACUAAUUUCAAUGAAUGGUACGAUCGAGUGCUGAGACUUGUGCCUGCACCAAAAGUUGCUAAACGCUCGAGCUUGAAUGAGUUCAAGCGAAAGCGACAGAUUGAGUCAUUGGACGAAUUACGACGGGAAAUGCACGAUGAAGCCAAGCGACAGAAAGUGGAAAUGCUCGUGGAAAUCAGAGCAACAAAUAAUACACAGAAACAGAGACAAGACAUGAUGGAGACAAUGCCACUUGAACCAUUCGAGAUUGUACCAUUGGAUCCCACUUCACUCUCUUUUUCUUCAACAGUGGACUCGUCUCCCACGACGAGUGCAAUGACGGCUCUGCCUACUGCGUACUGCAGUGAAAGCAUGGGCGAAUGGCUUACUGACAUUGAUGAUCCGGUCUGUGUUGCUCAUUUGAAUGACAAUCAAAGGGCGAGCCGCAAUACCAAUGAACCUCGAUACACCUUUUGUGAAGAUCAGUUGCAGGUUUCCGUGCAGCUGCAUGACCAACAGCAUGACUCAAUAGGUGAAGUGUCAAUGUCUCGUAAAUCAUCAAGAUUAGUUCUUGACUUUGGUGCACCUAGUUGCUGGUACACUGACCAAGACUCCGACCAAACGUCGUUUGGUGAUUACUCACACUGGACGGAUAAUGAUCUGACGGAAGAAUUGUCAAUCAGCAUGGAGCCUGGAAUCUUUGGUUGGGACGAUUCUUCUCCAAUUGCUCACAUGACGUAUAGCCCAACGCUGAAUUUUUUGUAA